AUGUCUCUGGAACAAUUAACGAAACAGUUCAACGCUGCUUUUAACAAUUCACAGUAUGAGGUUGCUGGCAAGCUUCUGCCUCAAAUUAAGCUGGAGUUGGCCAAGCACGGCCUGCUGGUCCCUAAAAAGAACUUGUCCAACGUGUCAGAUCUUCUCAUCACGCGCGACAUUUUGGAAAAAGGCAUUUUUACCUCCAUUUACCUGCGUAACGAAGACGAGUUUUCUCGCUUAAUUUCUCAAAUUCAUCCUUUUUUUUAUAAUACCACUUACCGUUCACCUUCAGGUCAGCCAGCCCUACUGCCGCCCAGUGACAAUCAGUAUAAGAUUAUGGCUCUUUAUCUGCUCCUUCUUCUCGCCAAAAAUAAGAUUGCAGAGUUCCACACAGAGCUUGAAACUCUUUCUACUCUUCGUCCAGAUGGAGCAACUGCCGCAGCAACUGCAGCUUCUCCCGCAGCCCCUAUUGAGGAAAUCCUCGAGUCAAAUACAUACCUUCGCUAUCCCGUUCUUCUCGAGCGUUGGCUUAUGGAGGGCUCAUACCACAAGGUCUGGAAGGCCAUCACAGACUCUUCUCAAGUCCCUGCUCCAGAGUUUAGUAUACUUGGUGAGUCUCUGCUCUACACAGUCCGCGACGAAAUUGCACGCUCUGCUGAAUGCGCUUAUGUAUCUCUCCCCAUUGACAAUGCCCGUCAUCUCCUUUACCUCGAUUCCGAUGACGAGCUCAUUGAGUUUGCUCAAGGCCAACCCGGCUGGGUCAUUGAUAAGAUUAAGAAGACUGUUUCUUUCCCCUCAUUUGAAAACCAAGACGAAAUUGCAGCAGCCACAUCCAUUGUCUCUCCAGGAAGCAGCUCUACAAACGUCGCUUCUUCCAAACUGAACCAGGACAUUGAUGAAUCUGCGGCUUCUGGAUCACCAGCCUUGCCUAAUCCAUCUGAAGUCAUCAUUGCCGAAUGUCUUGAUUAUGCUAGAGAAAUAGAGACCAUCAUAUAA